AUGGCAGACGAAGCUCGAUAUGAGAUCUACCGCUUUGACGACCAGAUCAAGACUCUUCAGGAGAAAGCAAUCGUCGAGGUGCUUACUUCGACACCAGGACAGAAGCAAUCAAGAUUGGGUUCAUAUGGCUUAGACAAGUUAUGCGAAGAACUUAGUGAAGAAGUGAUACGAGGCAUGAACGGACCUCUCACACGAUGGGCUACCAGCUGCGGUCUUGUCAUCACAGAUCUCAGCAGACCACAUUUUCGAUCUGAAGCAUUCCGACUGCAGAAAGGCAGUGCUCUGUGGCCAGGUGAAAACUCCACCGCAUUACUCGUACCUUUGAGUAAUGGCAGCGCGCAGAUUGAUCUAAUUCCCCGCGGAGGAAGUAAUUCUGUCAUCUCACACAACUGGGAUCCCCGAACGGUCAUUCACCUACACGAGAUGGGGUUUGAGCUUCGAGGGACCGGGAGUGUUCGGUUCAUUUACAUCCUGUUCCGAACAGCCCCUUGCCCGGAAUAUCGAGUCUGGUGA